AUGGCUACCCCUAGUGUUCUUGCUUUUGACGCUGAGGGUCGAGCCAUUGACUUUGAGGUUUGGGUAGAUGACCUGCAGCUCUUCCUACAGUGCGAUAGGGCAGACGGUCUCUCUCUCUUUGACCUCACCUCUGGCGCCUCUCCUGCCCCUGCUGCUGAUGCGGACCCCACUGUUCGCUCCCACUGGGCCACGCGCGAUGCUGCUUCACGUCUUGCUGUGCGUCGCCACCUGCCUACCACUGAGCGAGCGCACUUUAGUCAAUACAAGAGUGCUCAGACCUUGUACGACGCUGUAGUUGCGCGCUACUCUUCCCCUGCCACUGCUGCACUGAGCCGCCUCAUGCUACCGUACCUCUUCCCUAACCUUGCUGCCUUUCCCACAGUCGCUGACCUCAUUACGCAACUCCGCACUAGUGACACUCGCUACCGCGCCGCGCUUCCUGCUGAGGACCACUUCCUCUCAGUCUGUCCCACCACUCUCACUGUUGACCUCCUCGAGAAGGCCCUCCUAGCAGCGGAGAAGAGCAUAGUCGCUGUAGGAGCCUCUCGUGGUGACCCUCGCACCCCCAUCUUUGAGGGGUGUUCCCCUUCCCCCCUGUUGCCCUCUGUCGCCUCUGCUGCUGCGGCCGACCUCGUUGGUCUUGAGUCGGUCGGUGCGGCGUCUGCCCCUAGCGGGAGACGUCGCUCUGGCAAGGGCAAGGGGGUCAAGGGCGCGGGUGGAGCUAGCGGGGGUGGUGGAGGUGGCGGUGGAGGCGGCGGAGGGAGUGGGGGUGGCGGUGGGAGUGGCGGCGAGGGUGGAGGUGGCGGUGGCAGCAGCGGAGGCGGAGGCGGCCGAGGCGAUAGAGGUGGGAGCGGAGGCGGCGGUGGUGGCGGAGGUGGAGGCGGCGGUGGUGGAGGAGGUGGAGCAGGUCGGGGUGGUGCUUUGCAGCGGAGCGGCUCCGGUGGUGGUCAGCGCCAGCAGCAGCAGCAGCAGCAGCAGCAGCGUUCUCGGGACAUCCCCCCACCUCAGCAGCUCCGUGAGUGGUAG